CUCUAUAUAAAUUACGGACCCGAGGUGAGCAGUGUCAUCGCUUGCUGUUCAUCAUCGUCCACUCCACUCCAGUCUCCAGUCUCCAGUCUCCAGGCGAGUCCGUCCGCCCGUGCCGGCGUCAGCGUUGCAGGCCAGUGGCUGCGUGCUUGUGCAGGAACUUGUGACGACCAGAGAUGAAGGCAGGACGCGGUGCCACCAUCGCCCUUUUGCUGCUGCUGCUGAGCUCCGGUCCCGGCAUGGCUACGCCGGCGGCGGCAGAGGUCGAUGUUCAGCACUACACCGACGGGCUCGGAAUGUGGGUCUGCACGGUGUAUGCCCGUCUGGGACCAAUCGACAAGGCGACGUGCGAUUGGAUGUGCAGGCUGUCCAACAACUCGACGACCAGCGGCGGCCUGCAAGUGCGGCUCGGCGACGACUACGAUUGUUGCGACAGAGGCUGCCGCUGCUCCUUCUGCGUCUCUGUCUACACAAUUGGCGCCGGACAUGCUGCUGCCGCCGCUGCUGUGUGGCCGAUCGCGCUGUCCAGCCUCCUUGUGCUGCUGGUGAUGCUGGCGUAGUUCAGAGUUACCCCCCGUAGCCGUGCACUGUGCGUGCGUGAGGUUCAGAGUUUCUUCAGGAUGCAUCUACUAGUGUUGGUCAGUGUUGGAGCUGGGCACUAGC